AUGCUAAAUAAUUGUGGAGAAUCUAAAUGCGGGGGGUAUGGGAAGAACUCAUGUGAUCCCCAGAAUGAAAAAAGGAAAAUGCAAGGAAACCAAAACGAUCAGUAUUAUCAAGUGGCGAGUAACAUUUUUGGGAAUCAAUCAAAUCAGGAAAGAAAAGAAGGAAGUAUACUAAACAGCACCAGUAUGAUUAGCAGUAAUAGUAAUAAUCCUCCACCUCAAAAUGCAAGAAUUUUAAAGCCAUUAAUUCAAGAGAAAGUAGUGGAAAUUAUGAAACCUGAAAUUGAAGAAAAAAUAAUUGAAGUACCUCAAGUGCAAUAUAUAGAAAAGCUAGUAGAAGUACCACAUGUCAUUUUACAAGAAAAAUUAAUUCAUGUACCUAAACCAGUAAUACAUGAAAGAAUAAAAAAAUGCCCAAAGACAAUAUUUCAAGAAAAAAUAGUUGAAGUUCCUCAAAUAAAAGUAAUAGACAAAAUAGUUGAAGUCCCUCAAUAUGUAUAUCAAGAAAAAAUAAUUGAAGUACCUAAAAUUAUGCUGCAAGAAAGAAUUAUACCAGUACCUAAAAAAGUUAUUCAAGAAAAAAUUGUAGAAAUACCUCAAAUAGAAUUAAAAAAUAUAAACAUUGAAAAAGUACAAGAAAUACCAGAAUAUAUACCUGAAGUAGUUAAGAAAGAUAUACCAUAUACACAAAUAGUAGAUAGACCUUUUCAUGUAGAAAAAAUAGUUGAAGUACCACAUGUGCAACAUAUAUAUAGAAAUAUUGUAUCACCUCAAUAUAGACACAUACCUAAACCAGUAGAAGUGCCAAUGGCACAUUAUAGAACUUUCCCUAUUGAAAAAUUGGUUGAUAGAAAUGUACCUGUACCUGUUGAACUUCAAAUUGUUCAAGAAUUUCUAUGCCCAAAAAUAGAAGCCAGAUAUAAAGAAAUACCUGUACCUGUACAUGUUCAACGUAUUAUUGAACACCCAAUACCAAAAGAUGCUAUGAAUAAUCCUUUUCUCCUUCCCUUGUAUUAUCAAGAAGACAAUAUUGAUACUUCAUCUAAUAAGGGAAGUUCAAAAAAUUGUUUCAUGUUUAAUUGGAAUGGAAAACAAAACACUACCAGAAUUACAAAAGGAAAUAAUCAACCAUCUGUUGAAUUAUUAUUGCAUAAUGAUAAAUAUCAUGAUAAAAUGAACAAUCUUCAAUCUAUGCAUAUAAAUACCAAAUUUGCAGAUCCUUCUUCUAAUGGUUACUCAAGUACUCACUUAAAAGAUGCAAAUCUGAAUGCACAACCAGCAUAUAAUUAUACAAAUCCGUUAGAACACAAUAAUAUGUCUAUUCAUGGAAAUAUGCCCCUAAACCAGCUAUACAAAACACAACAUGUCACCAAUGCAUCAUCUUAUCCUUCCAAUAUGAAUAGUAUUCUUACACCUCAAAACCAGAAUAAUAUGUUUACACAAAAUAAUAACAUUGGAUUUACUCAUCCUAGUGAUAAUGAACUCAAUAACUCUUAUACGACAAUUUCGCCAGUUGCCCAUCACCCUACUCACGGAGGGCUCAACUGA